CCACGUGGCGUUAGAGGCAACACCAAUGCGGGGUUCUUGAUGAGGGCCUCGGGAGGACAUGAAAGCUUGACUUGACAUUGCAUCUUCUCUGCACUUAUCCAAAGCUUUUGCAAUAUGCCCGGUUCAUCUCUUUGGCUGCUCCCGCCCGCAGACCAUGUUUUGAGUGAAGUCUUGCCCCGUCUCAUUGACAAAACAUCUAAGCAGUUCGGCUCGCCUCACCGUUUCAUCCCCCAUGUCACUCUGAGUUCAAAUAUAACAGCAUCCAAGCAUGAGCCAGAUCCUCAGGCGUGGCUCGACUCACUCGAUCUGCCGCCUAUCAAGGACGUGUUGGUAAAGUUUGAACGUCUGGGUAGCGAAGACGUCUUCUUUCGGAAGUUGUACAUCAAGUGCGAGAAGAGUGAGGGGAUCAGGCAACUAGCAAAGCAGUCCCGGAAGCAAGUCGAUGGAUUUGAAGAGGAAAGCAAGGCGAAAGUUUGGGCCGAGGAUGAGUACAAUCCACAUCUGAGUUUGAUGUACCACGAUUGUCCUCAAGUCGAUGCAGCAGGUCUGGCAUCAGUGGAUUUGCUUAGUGCCAAUCUUGACGGGACUGGAGACCUCGGAGGUUGGACCGGCGGCAGGGUGGUGAUAGUACCUACCGACAAGUCGAUUGAUCAGUGGCAGCCCAUAGGUGAAAGGGUGCUAUGAUGCAGCGACAUACGAAUUGUAGCAGCAUAACCAACGAACUACGUUUAGCACAUGUAGUGCGGACAGAUCGGAUCGAAGAAAACAAAGCCAGUUAUGAAUUGGACAUGCGUUUGAUCGAACGGCAUCAGUCAACGCGGCAGGAAUCAUUUAGUUCCAGUGUGAAUUCAGGCAUCAUAAACAAGAGCAAGAAGUGUGUUGAAGAUGUAGUGAUUAAUUCAUUACUAGGCUAAUUAUACAAUGUCAUAGGAAAUGG